UGAAAAUUUUGUUCCUACAGAAAUCCAUCUUCAACAUGUCCAGUGAAUCGAAAGAUGGAGUGCUAGCAGUCUGUGGUAGCAUGUUGAGUCUGUCGAGUAUCGCUGUAGGGCUCCGGUUUCACGCUCGCAAUAAGACACAUAUGCCUAUUAUGACUGAUGAUGUGCUGACCGUGGCCAGCUUGAUAUCUUUUGCUGGAGCUGCAAUUAUCUCCAUCAUUAUGGUUCAGUACCAUAUCAUUGGCUAUGCGCUUUCACCUGCGAUAGCUGGAGAAUUAUCAGCAAAGCUUCAAAUAGCGUGGGACGUAUUGGGUACAACUUCGUUGGCAUGCUCUAAACUUAGCGCCCUGUUUUUUUACCGGAGAAUCUUUUAUGUCGGGGGAAAUAGAUGCUGGUUUAACAUUACCGUUAUCAUUACCAUCAUCAUGGUGAUUAUUUGGCUUGUGGUAUUCCAGUUCCUGACCGGCUUUCAAUGCGGCACACAUUUCUCUGCGACAUGGGAUGGGACUUAUGAAAAAUACUGUACCCUAUCGUUUCCAUACCUUUAUGGCUUUGCGGUUUCCGACUUCCUUCUUGAUAUUUGGAUCCUAUCUCUUCCAAUUCCUCGUAUCCUACGCCUCAACGCUACGCUAUCCAAAAAGCUCGCUGUCUUAGGUGUCUUUUUCCUGACAUUCAUAGGCCUUUUUGCAUCUGGAGCCCGCAUGACACAGUAUAUCCAGGCCGAGAGAGGAGGGCCGGACUAUUUCAUCAAUCACGACGAAGAACGCAUUAUUACCAUUAUAUUCUUUUACACCAUGUUAGAAACAGGGGUUUCCCUUAUAGCUGUUAACCUCCCAUCGUUGUGGUUCCUGGUUGCCUCGAUUAGUCCCGACAAGAUCAUGCGCAGUAUAUCGAACAAGCUUUCGUUUUCCUCCCUGCCGAGCGAUACUACUAGGACUCCUGUCGCGUGAUGAUCUAAUCACGGGCUACUUUGACCACUGAAGGAUAUCAUAUCACGCUUUCUGUAUGAUCUUUAUCUUCUAGGACACACAUAUGGGACAAAGAGGUGCCAUGCUCAGAGCAUAAGACCCGCAGCAAUAUUUAGGAGGCAUCUGGAUAGAAACGAUGUUUUAAUGAACAUAAUAUGAC